UCUCGAACUCCUGACCUUGUGAUCUGCCUGCCUUGGCCGCCCAAAGUGCUGAAAUUACAGGUGGGAGCCGCUGUGCCUUGCCAAUUUUUAUUUUUAAUUGUAAGAUAUACAUCAUAACAUCUACCAUUUUACCCAUUUUAAAGUGUGCAGUUCCGUACUGUUGAGUGCAUUUAUGUUGUUGUGUAAUCAAACUCCAGAAUUCUGUCCCCAUUAAGCUCCAACCCCUCAUUCCCCUCCCCAGCCCCUGCUCCACUUUCUGUCCUCAUGACCGUGACUACUCUAAGGUGACUCACAGAAGUGGAAUCCAACAGUGUUUGUCCUUUUGUCUCUGGCUUAUUUUGCUCAGCGCAUAAGCCUCCAGGCUCAUCCAGGCUGUAGCGGGUGUCAAGGGGCCAGAACUUCAUUCCUUUUUAUGGCUUAAUAAUGGACCCACCGCCAGGGGGCGCGGUGGCUCACCCUAUAAUCCCAACACUUUGGGAGGCCGAGGUGGGCGGAUCACCUGAGGUCGGGAGUUCAAGACCAGCCUGACCAGCAUGGAGAAACCUCAUCUCUACUAAAAAUACAAAAUUAGCCGGCAUGGUGGCACAUGCCUGUAAUCCCAGCUGCUCGGGAGGCUGACGCAGGAGAAUCGCUUGAACCCAGGAGGUGGAGGUUGCAGUGAGCCAAGAUCACGCCAUUGCACUCCAGACUUGGCAAAGAGCGAAACUCCAUUUCAAAAAAAAAAAAAAGGCUGGGCGCGGUGGUUCACGUCUGUAAUCCCAGCACUUUGGGAGGCUAAGGCGGGCAGAUCACGAGGUCAGGAGAUCGAGACCAUCCUGGCUAACACGGUGAAACACCCUCUCUACUAAAAAAAGAAAAAAUACAAAAAUUUAGCCGGGUGUGGUGGCGGGCGCCUGUAGUCCCAGCUGCUUGGGAGGCUGAGGCAGGAGAAUGGCGUGAACCCAGGAGGCAGAGGUUGCAGUGAGCCGAGAUCGAGCCACUGCACUCCAGCCUGGGCGACAGAACGAGAUUCCGUCUCAAAAAAAAAAAAAAAAAAAAUGGACCCACUGCACUUGCUUGUCCACUCAGCUGCAGACAGGCCUUUGGGAGUCUUCCACCUUUUGGGGAUUGUGAUGGCUACUUCUGACCUGCACCUCGCCCAGAGCAAGGGGCUGGCCGAGCCCAGUAGGCGCCUUGUUCCUGUUUGGCCUGGGAGGGCCCUGGGGUUGAGAGAGGGCCUGGUCAGUGGGAUCCAGCCUCCCACUGCCACUGGGCCAUCUGGCCUCAUCUGUCCGACUGCCACUGGUGAACUCAUCUGUCCACCAUGAGUUUCGAGCGCCGGGUGGCAGGAGGUUUGGGGGCAGGGGACGAAAUGUUCACAUCUUCAGGCUGCACAGUCUAUGCUGGUCCUUGCAGGCCCCAGCUAAAGCUUCCGUCGUCCGUAAGGGGUUCAGUAUGUAGUGGGACCCCUUUGCUUGUGCCUUAGGCCUUCUGUGAUCUGACCUGUCGUCCCCACCCACCACCCAUGCCCUGGGGUUUCACUGGGCUGCCAAGAGCUCCUUCCUCAGGCCCUUGACCCAGGCUGUCUGCUCUCCCCCAUUCUCUUCCUGUCCACCUGGCCAGCCACUGCCCACUCCCUCCCAUCAGGCCAACUCAGCAGUCCCGGAUGCUGGGAAUCCCACACUGCCCCAGCCUGAGGCUACAGUGUGUUUGCGAAUCGCCUGUUUCUGCUUGUUUCAUCUUGGUGGAGGCUGCUCCUGUGGCCCCCGGGUGUUCUCCCAGCUCCUGUGUCUCCAUGUGCUGCAGGCCUGCAGGGGUGCCCGUGGCUGCUCCAUUCACGCCCCUCCAGGAGCCCCGUCUGGCCCGAGGUCGGUCAGCCGGCAACUAUGGGGUGCCGCUAGGUCUGAGGAAAGGGGCCUAACCCUGCGGGCUGCGCGCUCUUCAGCAGGACCCCCUCCUGCAGACGGCCUUACCAAAACCCGAGGCCUGGCCCCGCUCCAAGGCGCAGCCCCCAGGCCAGGCCUUCCCCGCCUCUGGAGUCAUUACCCCUCUCCUCUGGGGCUCCACCGGCCUCUGGUCAGCAGGACCGGACCUGGUUGGGAGGGAUGUGGCCAACAGGCCCAGGUCCCAGUGUUAGGAAGGACCAGGCCCGACCGCCCGCGAGGCGAAACCACCAGGUGGUCCACCUUCCCUACCGCCACCCCGAGGUUCCAGUGGACAUCAAAACCUCGGCUCCAUCAGAGGCUCCAGGACUCCGAUCCGGACAGCGCGGGGGGCGAGGCCAGGGUGAGGGCGCGGCGAAGGAGAGACGCACAGCGCGGGGCGGGCAAGGAGCCUCCCUUCCGCGCCGAGGCCCUCCGCAACCCCGGAGGCGCUUGGACCGUGGGAUAGUCCUCAGGCGGCGCCCGGGCUCCGGCCCCGCCCCCGCUACGCCCCGCGCCUGCUAUUGGCGGAAAGUUCCGAGCCGCACCGCGAUUGGCCGAGACGCCGCAGGCCCCGCCCCCUUCCCGACCCGCUCCAAGGCGGCCCGGGCGCUGGGGCUGCGCGGCAGGCGGAGCGGCCGCGGGCUUGGGGGCUUCGCCGGGGCCGGGCGGCCGGCGCCCCCGGCUGUUCCCGCCGCCGCCCGGACCCGCGCCCCGCCGGGGCAGCGGUGGUGACAGCCCCGACUCCCCGGACGCCGCCCGCCGUGCCAUGGAGUUCCCGGCCGCGGCGCUGCUCUGCGCGCUGUGCUGCGGCCUCCUGGCCCCGGCCGCCCGCGCCGGCUACUCCGAGGAGCGCUGCAGCUGGAGGGGCAGCGGCCUCACCCAGGAGCCCGGCAGCGUGGGGCAGCUGGCCCUGGCCUGUGCGGAGGGCGCGGUUGAGUGGCUGUACCCGGCUGGGGCGCUGCGCCUGACCCUGGGCGGCCCCGAUCCCAGAGCGCGGCCCGGCAUCGCCUGUCUGCGGCCGGUGCGGCCCUUCGCGGGCGCCCAGGUCUUCGCGGAGCGCGCAGGGGGCGCCCUGGAGCUGCUGCUGGCCGAGGGCCCGGGCCCGGCAGGGGGCCGCUGCGUGCGCUGGGGUCCCCGCGAGCGCCGGGCCCUCUUCCUGCAGGCCACGCCGCACCGGGACAUCAGCCGCCGCGUGGCCGCCUUCCGCUUUGAGCUGCGCGAGGACGGGCGCCCCGAGCUGCCCCCGCAGGCCCACGGUCUCGGCGUAGACGCCCAACCAACAAAAGUCCAGUGUGCAGCCCGGUCACCAUGGAGACGCUGCUCGCCUCCCUGCAGGGCACCAGGCCCAGCUCUUGCUUGGCUCUCCUGGAGCUUGGCGCCUGACCCUGAAAGGGAUGGGCUCUCACUAUUCUGCCCCCUGGCCCUGGGCCAGGGACCCCAGACCACCCUUCCUCUGCCCCCACUUCCUAUCACCCUAGCUGGGCUGCUGCUCUUCAGACCUCAGAUCCGGGAAACUAGAGGGGUCCCAGAUGCUGGGGUGCAUACGUCAAAUGGGAGUGCAGGAGGGCGGCCCAGGACAGCUGAUCGCUAGGCAUGGCCCCCAGGCCCAUGUCUGUGUGCAUUCCUGCCUUGGACGUACGCGCCUGCAAGUGUGUUUCCUGAGUACAGGUGUCGCCGAGGGCGUGCACACCUGCUGUGUAGCUCUCUGGGACCCCCAGGUGCCAUCAGGCCCUGAGCGCGGGCUCUGCUCAUUUGCCUGCUGCCUCCUGCUGCCUGUGCGGACAAGGGACGGGGCCUGGGGUG